ACUUUCCGCUGAUUUCCUUUUUAUUGUUGUUACUAGUUACUAUUACUUAUUAUUAUAUUAAUACUUAUGAUGGUGAUGAUGAUGAUGAUAAUGACACUGAUGAUUUUUAACCGGAUUAAAAUCGAGUUUUUCUGAAUGUUUCUAAGAAUUUCUCCGGCCUCCUGAUUGACUUUGGAGUUUUGCAUCUUGGGAGAGAAAGCGAAGGCAUUAGUAUUUUUAAGUGGAUUGAUCACAUAAACCUUUUCUCUCCCAACCCCACCCUUGCCCUCAUCCCCUUCCCCACACUGAAAGAAUUUUACUGGCUGUUAAGUCUAUGACCUUAUUUUUCCUGAUCUUUAACUUAACUGUUUUAGAGCAUCUCUGGACGUCUGUAUUUUUAAUUUUUUUUAUUUUUGUUUUUUUAUUUUUAAUCUUUCAUUUGUUAAAUUUUUAAACUGUGCUGCAAUAAAAUGUGUGUGGUACUACUUAACACUAUGAUCGUGAUGGCAUUUUCCCUGAAAGCCAUCUUCCUCCUGUUUCCCUUGAAAUCCCAUCCUGCUUUUCCUGUACACUACCCAUCACAAACCACAAGCUGCAGCAACAUGGAUGCCCAGCCUGGAGCAGCAGCAGCCAGGAUGACCUGGAGCCAGGGGGGCCUUCGGAACAGAUGCACACCCUUCCUGGGUGAUGGUAAGAGUUUUCGGCUUUGUGAGAAACCUUGUCAUCAAACACAAUGGCCAGCAACGUUACCAACAAGACAGAUCCUCGCUCCAUGAACUCCCGUGUGUUCAUUGGGAAUCUCAACACUCUCGUGGUCAAGAAAUCCGAUGUGGAGGCAAUCUUUUCGAAGUAUGGCAAAAUUGUGGGCUGCUCUGUUCAUAAGGGCUUCGCCUUUGUUCAAUAUGUUAAUGAGAGAAAUGCCCGCGCUGCUGUAGCAGGAGAGGAUGGCAGAAUGAUUGCUGGCCAGGUUUUAGAUAUUAACCUGGCUGCAGAGCCAAAAGUGAACCGAGGAAAAGCAGGUGUGAAACGAUCUGCAGCGGAGAUGUACGGGUCAGUAACAGAACACCCUUCUCCGUCCCCUCUACUCAGCUCCUCUUUUGACUUGGACUAUGACUUUCAACGGGAUUAUUAUGAUAGGAUGUACAGUUAUCCAGCACGUGUACCUCCUCCUCCUCCUAUUGCUCGGGCUGUAGUGCCCUCGAAACGUCAGCGUGUAUCAGGAAACACCUCACGAAGGGGCAAAAGUGGCUUCAAUUCUAAGAGUGGACAGCGGGGAUCUUCCAAGUCUGGCAAGUUGAAAGGAGAUGACCUUCAGGCCAUUAAGAAGGAGCUGACCCAGAUAAAACAAAAAGUGGAUUCUCUCCUGGAAAACCUGGAAAAAAUUGAAAAGGAACAGAGCAAACAAGCAGUAGAGAUGAAGAAUGAUAAGUCAGAAGAGGAGCAGAGCAGCAGCUCCGUGAAGAAAGAUGAGACUAAUGUGAAGAUGGAGUCUGAGGGGGGUGCAGAUGACUCUGCUGAGGAGGGGGACCUACUGGAUGAUGAUGAUAAUGAAGAUCGGGGGGAUGACCAGCUGGAGUUGAUCAAGGAUGAUGAAAAAGAGGCUGAGGAAGGAGAGGAUGACAGAGACAGCGCCAAUGGCGAGGAUGACUCUUAAGCACAUAGUGGGGUUUAGAAAUCUUAUCCCAUUAUUUCUUUACCUAGGCGCUUGUCUAAGAUCAAAUUUUUCACCAGAUCCUCUCCCCUAGUAUCUUCAGCACAUGCUCACUGUUCUCCCCAUCCUUGUCCUUCCCAUGUUCAUUAAUUCAUACUUCCCUGCGCCUAGUCCCAUUUUCACUUCUUUGACGCUCCUAGUAGUUUUUGUUAAGUCUUACCCUGUAAUUUUUGCUUUUAAUUUUGAUACCUCUUUAUGACUUAACAAUAAAAAGGAUGUAUGGUUUUUAUCAACUGUCUCCAAAAUAAUCUCUUGUUAUGAAGGGAGUACAGUUCUUUUCAUUCAUACAUAUGUUCAGUAGUUGCUUCCCUAACUGCAAAGGCAAUCUCAUUUAGUUGAGUAGCUCCUGAAAGCAGCUUUGAGUUAGAAGUAUGUGUGUUACACCCCAACAUUAGUGUGCUGUGUGGGGCAGUUCAACACAAAUGUAACGAUGUAUUUUUGUGAAUGAGAGUUGGCAUGUCAAAUGCAUCCUCUAGAAAAAUAGUGUUAUAGUCUUAAAAUUUGUUUUCUAAAGUUGAUACUGUGGGUUAUUUUUGUGAACAGCCUGAUGUUUGGGACCUUUUUUCUUCAAAAUAAACAAGUCCUUAUUAAACCAGGAAUUUGGAG